UGUAAGUCUCUGAGGAUGCGUCUGCGCCGCCGUUCGUGGCAACGUAAAAUGCGGCGCGCCAUCGAGCAGCUGAAGAUGCAGUCGCGCCGCAAGCUGCAGCUGUUUUCGGUGGUUGGCGGGCUGUGCUUGAUGUUCUGGCUGGGUGGCAGUCUGAUGUCUAUAUCCGAGGACAACCAGAUUAGUGACAACAGCAUCCCCUGCACGCCCAUCGACGUCGUCUAUACCUGGGUGAACGGUUCAGAUCCCAGCUUCAUCGAGGCCAUCAGUCGGUUUGACCCCAACUAUGAUCCCUCGCGGUUCGACGAUAAGAAUGAGCUGCGGUACUCACUGCGCUCGCUGGAGAAGCACGCCAGCUGGAUUCGCCACGUGUAUAUUGUGACCAAUGGCCAGAUUCCUAACUGGCUGGAUCUUAGCUACGAGCGCGUCACUGUGGUUCCCCACGAGGUGCUGGCCCCCGACCCGGCGCAGCUGCCGACGUUCUCUAGUGCGGCCAUCGAGACAUUCCUGCAUCGUAUUCCAACGCUGUCCAAGAGAUUUCUGUACUUAAACGACGAUAUAUUCCUGGGGGCGCCGCUCUUUCCGGAAGAUCUGUAUACGGAGGCAGAAGGUGUUCGGGUCUAUCAGGCUUGGAUGGUGCCCGACUGCGCCUUGGACUGUCCCUGGACGUAUAUAGGAGAUGGGGCCUGUGACCGCCAUUGCAACAUUGAUGCAUGCCAGUUCGAUGGCGGGGAUUGCAGCGAUACGGAGCAGCCGGACGGCUCCCACAUCGUCAUGCACAGCCAGGAGACGCACGAGGAGGAAGCAGCUCCUUCUACAAUACACAAAUUCCCGCACCUGGGCCUGCAGAAGCUAAUCAAGCAGAGCUCCUCGAACUUCAAGGAUGUAAUGCGGCAUCGAAACGUGUCCACCCUGCUCGAGCUACGGCGCAUUGUGGAGCGCUUCAACAAGGAUAAGCUAAUGUCACUCAAUCCCGAUCUGGAGGACAGCAGCACAGUGAUGCCAACGAGCCAGCGUAACGUACUGCACAAGGAGGACUUCAAGUCAUCCACAGACAUCUAUUCGCACUCCUUAAUUGUCACCAACAUGCUGCUGAAUAAGGCCUAUGGCUUCAAGGCUCGCCAUGUCCUGGCUCACGUGGGCUUCCUGCUCGACCGCGAUAUUGUUGACGCCAUGCAGCUCCGUUUCCCGCAGCAGGUCCUGGACACGGCUCAUCAGCGCUUCCGCUCAGCCACAGACCUACAGUACGCCUUUGCUUACUACUCCUUCCUUAUGAGCGAGACGCAGCUGCUGAGCGUGGAGGAGAUCUUCGACGAUUUUGACACGGAUGCUUCCGGAACCUGGUCAGACCGGGAGGUGCGUACAUUUCUCACUCGCAUGUAUUCCCCGCCCUUGGACUGGUCGGCGAUGCACUACUUUGAGGAGGUUGUUCAGAACUGCACCCGAGCCUUGGGCCUAUAUGUCACCCCUGAUACAGUGGUGCAUUCGACGUUGGUCUAUGAGCGCUACGAGGACUCCAAUCUGCCAACUAUAACGCGGGAACUGGUCGUCCGCUGCCCCCUGCUGGCCGAAGCCCUCACGUCCAAUUUUGGGAAGCGCUCCAGAUACCGCUACAACAUCAGUCCGAAGCGGUCCUUGCACAGCAACUUUAUGAUGCUCACCUCGAAUCUCACGGAGGUUGUGGAGUCCCUGGACAAGAUGCGUCGUAAUCCGCGGAAGUUCAACUGCAUCAACGACAAUCUGGAUGCCAGGCGGACGGAGGACAACGAUCUAGUGCGCCAUCUGCUCGAGGACUUCUACCUUUCGUUUUUCCCGCGACGCAGUAAGUUCGAGUUGCCGCCGCAGUUCCGCAAUCGCUACGAAUCCUGGCGCGAUUACCAGAGGUGGCGUCGUCGGAAGCGUGCCGUCCUCGUUGUGGGCUAUGGCGUCAGCCUUCUCCUGAUCAUCUUCCUACUGCGCUUCAUGUGCCUCCACAAGGCCAAGUUUGUGAGGCGCUGUGUACAGCGCCUGUAGAAUCGGACGGGAGAGUUUUCUUUUGUAAUGUGAUACGUUGUAACUUUUGAGAUAUUGGCCAUUUCUGCAUGCAAUCAUAGUCAAAUUUAGUUUUAGGCCAUGUGCAAGGCUAUUUUUCUAGAUGUUUAAGCGCAAAAUGGAGGCUUUGCAGUGCAACGGUUGUGUUCUUUAGCAGUCGAAUACACUAAAUAAUAAACACUUAAUUCAAAAUCGAA